CUCCCAUCUCUCGAUCGAUCGAGGAAUCCAAUUCUGGUGCCACUUACCCAACUUCCUAAAGCGAAUCGAAGCCAUCGGGUGCUGGUGCCCCGACCUUCGAUCGGCUCCGGGAGAUUUUGGGGGAGGGUUUCCAUGGUGGCUCAUGUUCUUCCUCGUGGUUCUCUUCUGCUCGCUCGCCCAACCUCUCGACGGAGGGGCUCCCACGUUACAGGAACGGCACCACCUGUUGUCGGCCGGGGUCAGAGAACCGGCUGCAGGCCUAGCGGGCUAACCGUGCCUCGACAGGGUAGGGUUUCUGCGCUGGCGUUGCAGUCCGAUGGGCUCUUGCUCUCGGAACGAACCAGCCCGGAAGAGGUGAAGAGGGAAAUACAGAGAUGCUAUGGACUUGUUCACAAGCUCGGAAGGGGCGUAGUGUAUCUUGGUUCAUCGAGAGUGCAAGUGGGCCAUCCACAUUAUGAGCAAGCGAAGCAAUUGGCUAGAGAGGUUGCUCUACUUUUGGACUGCACUACAUGGACCGGAGCUGGCCCUGGUCUCAUGGAUGCCGCCUUUAAGGGUGCUCUUGAAGCAAAGAAGCCAGUUGGGGGAUUCAAGAUAGCAAGGGAAUCGGGCGAGUGGACGUCCUCAAACUUCCAUCCCUACCUCCCUCCUGAAACAUAUCUCACAUGCAGGUUUUUCUCGGCGAGGAAACAUGGACUGGUGGAUGCUGCAGUGCGGAACAAUCCAUCCGACAUGACGGCUGUUGUCGCCUUACCUGGUGGAAUUGGAACCCUAGAUGAGGUGUUUGAGAUUCUUGCCUUGAUUCAGCUGGAAAGAAUUGGCUCCAAGUUUCCAGUCCCCUUCCUGCUUAUGAAUUAUGAUUCGUUUUACUCGAAGCUGUUGGAUUUCCUAGACGACAGUGGAAAAUGGGGCACGGUCGCAAGAGGAGAGGUUGAAGCACUGUGGAAAGUAUGCGGUGGGAACUCGGAAGCCUCGGACUACUUGGCAGAAUUCUAUGGACUUCCUCAAACCAAAAUGAAUAACAACAAGAUUAGUGUAGAGGGGAGUGGAUUUAUGGAGUGACUUGCAUUGUUGUUGCACGAAAAUGAAUUAUUAGUCUCUUUCUUUCCUGUAGUGUGGAAUUAUUAUUUACUGGUUAUAUAGAACAUUGCCUUUCCUUUAGAAU